AUGGGAGGCGGCCACAAAGCCCCGCGUGGCAGAAGCGGCAGUGCGGGAGACGCGGGCCUCGAGGCGCAGCCCCCCGCGGCGCGCGCAAACUGCGCGGAACUACUUCAGCGGAGCGGCUGCGGGGCGAGAGUCCCAGUAGCGGCCGCACGGGGAUCCGAGGCGAGUACGGGCCGCCACAGAGCCGCGGGGAGCCGCGGGCACGGCCACGUGCUCCCCGCCGGGCUCGCACGCUCAGACGCGCCGGGGCCGCGGGGGCCACCGGCAGGCACGCGCGCCCCCCGCGCGCACACACUCCCGGGCACGCACGCCGGCCGCCCCGCCCACCCGCCGCGCCCCGCCCUCCCGCGCGCCCCGCCACGCCCCCGCGGCGCCGGUCGUCGCCCUCCUAUUGGCUGGCCGGCGCAUGACGCGCGGCGCCCCGCCCCGCCCCUCGUCAGUCACUCGGCGGAGGCGGCGCUGGCGGGGACUAGUCUCGUCCGGAGACUGGCGGCGGCAGCGGCGGCGGCGGCGGCGGCCGGAGCUCGAGCCCAGCGGCGGAGGGCGGGCGGGCGGGCGGCGCGGGAGGGCGGGGGCCGCUCCGCGACGCUGCGGACCGCGCUUCUCCUCUGA